AUGAUUAGUUUAUUGUGGCUUGCAAUUGGCAUCGUUAGUGCACUUACAGCAGAUGAUGUCUUGAAUAAAACUAGUUAUGUUGUUGCUAUGACAUCAGAUAAUAACAAUUAUGUUUAUUAUAUUGUUAAAUCAGUUGUUAAUGGUAUAGAAACAAAUACAUUAUAUCAAACAAGUGUUCAAAAUGAAGGGAAAUAUUUCAUUGAACUUGCUCAAGGAGUUGGAAAUGAAUUAUACUACAGUGUUGCACAUCAUUCCAUAUUUUACACUAAAUGUGAUGGUAUUUGUUCAUUAUAUUCACUCGAUUCAAAUAUGCAAGAGUAUCAAGUAACUAAGGACAUUGCUGUUUCAUUACCUGUUAUUAUUAAAGAACAUCUUUAUUUUGUUUCACCUAUAUUCUUUGGAAUGACUGUUCAAGACUCAUUAGAUCUUCAAAAGAAAUUAGCAAAUAGAAAACAAACUUCUCAUCAUGUUUUUACACAAACACCAUUUGGAGAAGGGUCAUCUUAUGUUACAACAAAUGACGAUGGUACUCCACAAUAUAAACAUUUAAUUUCAUCAGCAAUUACUGUAGAUGAAAAUGGAAGAAUUAUUGUUGGACAAUAUACAGAUGUUUCAAAUGAAGUAGGAAAUGUUAUUUCAUAUGAUAUUAGUGAUGAUGAAUCAAUAGUUGUUUUUGAGGCUAAAUCAACAGCAUCAGCAAGUGAUAAAAAGAAUUAUUUGAAAUCAUCAAUCUAUACAAUUUCUGUUGGAUCUGAUCAAGCAACAUGUAUUUCAUGUAAUUAUCCUGGAAAUCAAAUUGAACCAAAAGCAACAAAAACAGGAAAGUAUAUUGUCUUUAUGAGAACUACAAAUACACUUGAGAAAAAUCCAGCUAAGUAUUUUGUUUUAUAUGAUCUUGAAGAUGGUUCAUAUAGAGCUGAUGUUACUCUUAAUGAAUUUACUACAGAAAAGUAUUUAAUUGGUAAACAUAGUAAUGAGGAAACAAUUACAGUAUUUGUAAUCAAUAAUAGAAGAGAGGCAUUAGCUGUAAGAAAAGCUGUAUAUUCAUUUGAAUCAAAGGCAUGGAAUAUUGAAGAGGUUGUUGUUGAAGGAGCUGUAGAAAUGAUGGCUGAAGUUCCAUGUCAAGAUGAGAGUUCAUGUUUAUUCAUUGCACAAUCAUUCCAAUACCAACCAAGUGAAAUUUAUUAUUGUGAUGAAGCAAUGAAACUAACCAAAUUAACCAAAUUAAAUGAUUAUACUUCUUAUAACCUUCAAAAACCAAUUCUUGUUAAUCCAAUGGGAUCAUUACAUGACAGAAUUCAAUCAUUACUCUAUCUUCCAUCAAAUAAUGAAAAGGCACCAAUUCUUUUAGUUGUUCAUGAAGAAGAAGAAGGAACUGUUGUUGAUGGGUUUAAUAAAAUUAUGAAUCCAUAUGUUUAUACAAAUGAAGGAUAUGCUGUUGUAAUGAUUAACUCACAUGUCAGUAAAGGAUUUGGAGAACGUAUGAGAGUUAAAGGGUCAAAUGAUAUUAAUGUUAUUAUUGAGGACAUUCAAGCUGUUAUCAAUGAAUUAGAAAAAUAUCCAGUAGACACUUCUAAAAUUGCAGUUGUUGGAGUUUUUGGAGCAUCAAAAAUUAUUACUGGCUUAUUAGAUGCUAAAUUACCCAUUGUUUUAGCUGCAGUUCAUGCACCAAUUCUUUCAAUUCGAUCACAAUAUUAUACUGAUGCCAAAUAUACAUUAGAAUAUACAUUUGAAGGAGCAGAUUAUGACAAUUCUUAUUGGUAUAGUCAUAAUGAUGCUAUGAAAAAUGUAGCAUCAUAUAAUGUUCCAACACUUAUUUCAUAUGGUGAUCUUGAUUUUGUUGUUGAUAAAUCACAACCAAUUUCAUUAUUCCAAGCAUUACAACGUAGAGGAAUCAAGUCUAGACUUCUUAGAUUCCCAUAUUCUACAAAUGUAUUAACAAAGAAUGAAGAUAUUAAAGUGUUCUAUGAACAAUACAUACGAUGGUUUAAUGAGAAUAUGAAGAAUUAA